AUGUCUCCUCUCAUCCGCAUCUCUUUCUUUCUCGUUCUCUUCUCCUUCAUCGUUUCUGAUCGUGUAGGGCCAUCGGCAGCGGCGGAUGCUAGUAGUGUUAGAAAUCUGGGGGAUUACAAGAGAAUCCCCUUAACAUCAGUGAGCGGGCCAGAAAGCCUCGCUUUCGACGCCGGCGGCGCCGGCCCUUACACCGGCGUCUCCAACGGGCAGGUGCUCAGGUGGGAGGAGGGCUCUCGCCGGUGGGUGGAGUAUGCCGUCCCCACUCGAGAUAGGUAGACAUUCUUCCUUGAACUCGCGCUCUAAUCCGUAAUCAUUUAUGUCUAUCUUCAUUCAUCGUUUCCUCCCCAUCUCUUUGGACGUUGGAUGUUUUCGCAGGAACCGAACCCAGUGCGACGGCUCGGCCGUCCCCGCGGUGGAGGACGUCUGCGGAAGACCUCUCGGGAUUCAGUUCCACCGCGAGACGGGGAAGCUCUAUGUGGCAGAUGCCUACUUCGGGCUCCUGGCUGUGGAGCCCGGCGGUGGGGCGGCGGCGCGGCUCUCCGCCGGCGUGGAGGGUCAACCUUUCAAGUUAACAAAUGGAGUAGACGUGGACCAGGAGACGGGCGUCGUGUACUUCACCGACAGCAGCACCCGGUUCCAGAGAAGGUCUGCGUGCGGCGGCCUCUUGCAAUCCAAUGCUGUCUCGCACCUGUUUCUCCGGCAAAGAAGACCUGUUGUUUUUCUAUGUUACUACUACAAAGAAUAUGUAUAUAUUCGUGUCUUCUGGAUCUUCAGGGACUGGAUGCUCUCCAUCGCGACGCGGGACGCCACGGGAAGGUUCAUGAGAUACGACCCGGCAACGAAGCAGACGGUGGUGCUGCUGAGAGGGCUCCAGUUCCCCAACGGCGUCGCGGUCAGCAGCGGCGGCGACUUCGUCCUCGUCGCGGAGACGACGAAGCAGAGGGUCCUGAGAUUCUGGGUGAAGGGUCCCAAGGCGGGCGGCUCGGAGGUGUUCGCGCAGCUCCCCUGGUCGCCGGACAACGUGAAGGCGAACGGGGAGGGGGAGUUCUGGGUGGCCGUGACGUCGCCGGCGAGGAAUGUGGUGGGAGUGAAGCUCGACGGGCAGGGGAGGACCACGCAGGUGCUGCGCCGCAGAAGCCCCUCGGGAACGGUCAGCGAGGUCCAAGAGAUCAACGGCACGCUGUGGCUGGGGUCCGUGGAGAGCUCUUUCGUCGCCGUCUAUAGUAGACCGUCGUCAUCUCCGUCUCCGUCUUUCCCUCCCUCCGCGUCUUCCUCUUCUCUGCCUCCCACCAGUCUUCCUCGUUCUCUCUAG